AAAUAAAACUUUAUAAUUAAAUUUCGUCAUCAUUAUGAAUGACCCUUCACCAGCUCAACAAAGAAGCUGGUGCUGAUGAGAAAAAAACCCAUUGAUUUUCCGAAUACCCUUUUAAAUAAAGCAUCGAUUUUUAUCAACAAGAACAAGAAUCAAUAACUGGGUUGUGAAGAAAAAUUGAAGAAAAAUAAUGGGUAGUUGUGGGUCUAAACCUAAAGUUUCUGAUGAUCUUAAAGUGAAAAAGAUUAAUAAUAAUCAUAAUCAUCGGAGAAAAAGAAGAAGAAUUCUCAGAAGACGUGUUUCUUCUCAUAAGAUUGAAGCUAAUGUUGCUCAUACAAAUUCUGGUUUACAAACUUCAAAUCGUGCUUCAGAUGCUGCUUGGUUUGAUUCUACUUCAGCCUUGGAUUCUGAAUGUGAUGAUGAAUUUUAUAGUGUUUAUGAUGGAGAAAUUUCUGCAAGUCAUGCUGAUGAGAUUGGAGAGGAAAGAAGACUAACUCCUGAUCAUUGUGGGAUUCUACCAAAUAAUUGUUUGCCUUGCCUUUCUUCUUCCAAUGCCCCUACCGUUGAGAAGAAACGGCCAUUGAGUCCUGAAACACUGAGUUCCCGUAGAAAGUCGCUUUCUAAACUGUCAUUCAAGUGGAGGGAAGGGCCUUCUGACAUGGCAUCACUUUCCCCUAAGGCAUUCAAACAAAAAUUAGUCGCAGGUUCGACUAUUCCAUUUUGUCCAAUAGAGAAACAAACCCCCGGUUCUUGGUCACCACUUGAGCCAAGUUCCUUCAGAGUUCGAGGAAAAAAUUACUUGAGAGAUAAGAAGAAAGAAUUUGCUCCAAGCGGUGCUGCUUUCUAUCCCCUCGGUGCUGACCUGUUUUUGUCUCCGCGAAAAAUUGAUCAUAUAGCUCGCUUUGUACAAAUUCCUGCAAUAAAUGUACCAGGGGACAUCCCUUCUAUUCUCGUUGUAAAUAUUCAGAUACCGUUAUAUCCUGCCACAAUAUUCCAGAGUGAAAAUGACGGUGAAGGAAUGAAUGUGGUUUUGUACUUCAAAUUAUCUGAAAAAUAUUCUAAAGAUCUUUCAGACCAAUUUCGAGAAAAUAUCACUAAAAUGAUCAACGAUGAAGUGGAGAGAGUUAAAGGCUUUCCUAUGGAUUCAAUUGCGCCAUUUAGAGAUCGAUUAAAAAUUUUAGGCAGAGUGGUGAAUGUGGAGAAUCUUAAUUUAAGCGCGACCGAAAAGAAGCUGAUGAAUGCUUACAAUGAAAAACCUGUUCUUUCACGUCCUCAACAUGAGUUUUACUUGGGAGAAAACUAUCUUGAGAUAGAUUUGGAUGUGCACAGAUUUAGCUAUAUUGCAAGAAAAGGAUUUGAGGGCUUCAUAGAAAGACUGAAGCUAUGUAACCUGGAUUUUGGUCUGACAAUUCAGGGAAACAAGCCAGAAGACUUGCCAGAACACUUAUUAUGUGCAAUUCGGUUGAAUAAAAUUGACCACAGCAGUUUCAACCAAAUUGGCCUUUAAAUUUAAGUUUUUUUUGAACAAGGCCUUUAAAUUUAAGUUAAAGCUUAAACAUAAAAGAGCUUUAAGCUUAAUGCAAUUUUUAUAAUCACUAUAUUAUAAGGAUAUAAGGAUGUUAAUCAUAGAAUAUUUUGAGCUGAGAUUCUGUGGCUAACUGCCAUGUAUGUAUGUAUGUAUCUUUGAACUUUCUUGAUUCAUUGAUGUAAAAGUUGUAGAAUGUAUAGUGAUGAGAAUGAGAAUAAUAAUUAAUUAAAUUCAAGAAGAAAAA